AUGGCGAUGGAGCAGCUCAGGUACGUGGACCAGCGGUUGGCGGAGCUCGAGCUGACCCCCGAGGAGGCGGACCUCGUGCGGCAGCACCGCCUGGCGUCCCUGGAGCUCCGCGGAAAACGGUUCGCCCAGCUGGGGCCCAUACCGUCCGGACAGGCAGACAACUGGGCCUGGGAGAAGCAGAAGCUGGAGGCUGAGGCGGAGAUAAAGCUGUCACUGGAGACAACUCUCCUCUCCGUCCCCGGACUGGAGAAGGCUUGGCAGAAGCACCUGGAGGUUGAGAGCAUGAAGAGCCUGCGAGCCGAGAUUUUGCAGAACGCGAGCGCUCUCCUCCACCAGGCGCCACAGAACACCCCUACCCCUGCGACCACCGGCCAGACAUCUGCACCUGGAGCCUGGGACUUUGCCAUCCCACACAUCGCACCGGGAAGCUGGGAUGCUUCAGCUCAGAUGCAGCAGCAGCAGGCAGGACAAGAUCCUAAUAAGGCAGAUGGGUCUUCAGCAGCUGCCAUUGCCAACGGUGGUGUCCAGUACCAUAACAACCAGGGCCAACCUAACACUCAACUGCAACAGGCGCCAGCGAGUGGUGCCAUCAAGCUGUGCCGGCGGUGCAACCAGCACAAGCCUCUGACGGAAUUCUACCGCAGCAAGGCCAACGCUGACGGGUACGAUGGCCGCUGCAAGGCGUGCGAUGCCAUUCAGUGUGCCGAGCGCCGCAGGAAGAAGCCUCGCGUAGAGGAGCCCACGGUCCCUGGCAAGGAGUGCCGCCGCUGCAACACGUACAAGCAGGCCACUGAGUUCUACCGCAACAAGACCAACCCGGACGGCCUGUACAACAACUGCAAGGCCUGCUUUGCGGCGGAUGCGGUGAACAGGCGGCAGCGCAUGGCGCCCCUGGAGCAGCGCACCGUGCCCGCCAAGGUCUGCAAGCGCUGCCAGCUCACCAAGUCCUCCUCCGAGUUCUACCGCAACAAACUCAUGUCCGACGGCCUCUACUCCCACUGCAAGGCCUGCUACAGCGCAGCAGCAGAGGAGCGCAGUGCGGGGCGUGUGCCGGCAGAGAGCAAGGAGUGCAGGCGCUGCCACGAGACCAAGGGCAAGGCCGAUUUCUACCACUCCAAGAUGACGGCCGACGGCCUGCAGUCCUACUGCAAGGCAUGCUACUCGCUGGCGUCUGCGCAGAGGCGGUCGCGCGCGGCUGACAGCGGCCAGCAGCAGCCGGACGAGCACGCGCUCCACAUGGACGCCAGCGGCCCCGUCUUUCACGACAUGCAGCAGAUGCAGAUGCAGGGCCUGGCGCACCCGGCGGACCUGGAGCACCAGCUGGCGGCGGAGCACGCGCACGCGCACCACCUGGCGCAGCAGCAGGCGGCGCUGGCCGGCCACGCGCACCACAUGGGCCACGACAUGCAGCAGAUGGGCCAGCCCGAGCACAUGGAGCAGCCCCAGUACGCCACGCAGGCACCCGAGCACAUGGUGGCCGAGCAUUUGCAUGCCCUGCAACAGCAGCAGCAGCUGCCCCCGCCGCACGAGAUGGCCCUCAUGCAUGCUCACGCCGGUCAGCCUGAGGCCUGA